CUGCCACUAGAGGCAGUAGUAUCGUCUUCAAAUCUAGCAGAUUGCCUACCUUGAACCGUUCUCUUCCUCUAGUCUUUCGUUCUUUAACCCUCCGCAAAGAUGGCUCCGGCACCGAAGAAAUCCAAAGGCCCAGCAAAGAAGCAGGUCCUCCGGGGCAAGGGACAGAAGAAGAAGGUGUCCCUGAGGUUUACAAUUGACUGCACGCACCCCGUGGAGGACAAUAUUAUGGAUGUUACCAAUUUUGAGAAAUACCUGCAGGAAAAAAUCAAGGUCAGCGGUAAGACCAAUAACUUUGGCAACAAUGUUGUUCUGGAGCGCAACAAGAUGAAGCUCACCGUCAACAGUGACAUCGACUUUUCUAAGCGAUACCUCAAGUACUUGACGAAGAAGUACUUGAAGAAGAACAAGCUGCGCGACUGGCUGCGAGUGGUAUCGAAGGACAAGGAGACCUACGAAUUAAGAUACUUCCAGAUUAACAGCCAGGAAGACGAUGACGAGGACGAUGCCGAGUAAUCGCAUUUUCUUUCGAUAUAUGCAACUACAAACGCAUAUGUAUAUAUUUCUAUUAAUAAAAGUACCGAAAGCUAU